AUGGGUGCAGAGCCGCCGCGUCAGCCAUCUUCCUAUCCGUUUACCAAAUCCACAGCAGAUGUAAUUAUGCGCACCUCGGACGGCGUCGACUUUAAAGUGCACCGGCUGAUCCUCUCUGAAGCGUCCCCGUUCUUCGAGGGCAUGUUCGCUCUCCCCCAGCCUCCUCCCACACCCAAUAAUGAUGUCGACACCCACACUUCUCUAGCCUCUCCAACCACUACCACAUCAUCUAACGACGGCAACAAUGCCCCGACGUCUCGUCAGGACGAUCUCCCCGUCAUACUCGUUACUGAGCCCAGCGAGAUCAUCGACGCACUCCUGCGAUUGUGCUAUCCCUUUUCGCCCCCGGUGUUCGCCACUGUCGACGCGAUUGCAGCUGUUCUCGAGGCCGCGAGGAAAUACGCACUAGAUGGUGUCGUGGCGCGUGUCGCCUUUGCUGCUGCAUGGCAUCUCAGAUUGCACACAGAGGCGGCAGCCGCGGCGAGGGGCACGCUGCGGCACCGCGCCCCAAUCUCGAGCUGGGACAAGGAGAUCUCGCUGGACGCGGUGUUCCUCCUGAUGGAGUACCGCGCCCGAUGCGUCGCGGCUGCGAUCGAAUUUGUGCGCUGCACCGAUCAGUGGGGAUUAUUCAGAGGACUAGGCUCGGGUGACGGCGAGUCGUGUGCCGACCACGACAGCAAAGGUCGUUUCAUGACGCUUUCUUGCGAGCGCUGUCAACAUAUACAGCCGCCGCAGAUCAGCCACCUUACUUGCUGCAGUAAAUGGCAGCGAAUCCAGAUUGACGUGCAUGAGUUUCAGGAUGUACUGGCCAAGUCUGUCGUGCAUCUGCCGUGCGGUGCGACUGUGGUGGAGAACCGCAUACUGCACGUACAGCUAAUGGAGGAGGGGUCGUACAUAGCAUGUACCCAGUGCAAGGUGGAUGCCAUUGAUAUGCUGAACUAUGCGCUGAAGCAGAUGUGCAAAAGCUUGGACGCUGUCCUUGCGAAGCUUCCCCUUAAAUUACCAUGGUAG